GCCCUGGAGAGCCGGAGCGUGGGGGGGGGGAGGCUUCCCCCGGGACCUCCUCCCCUCAGCCGGCGCUGGGGGCGGCCCGAGCCGUGCCGAGCCGUGCCGGUGCCGGUGCCCGCAGCAUGGCCGGGCUGCCCGGCACCGUGCGGCCCCGCAGCGGCUCCCCCGGAGCCUCCGCCGCGCUGCCCGCCCCGCGCCUCGCCGCCCUCGACGGCGCCUUCGUCUGCUCGCCGCUCGGGGGGCUGAUGGGCGCCCAGGCCGUGCUUGGCCUCCUGGUGUGGACUCUCAUUGCCAACACGACCUACCACCUCCACGCGGCGUACGGCUGGGUGAUGUUUGUGUCUAUCUUCUUCUGGAUAGCAACAGUCCUCCUCUUCAUAACCUACCUCCUGCAGCUUCCUCUGAAGUUCUACGUGAUCCCCUGGCCCCUCGUGUUGAUGAUCUUCAACGCUACAGCAACCGUUCUGUACAUCACCGCCUUCAUAACGUGCUCCGCAGCUGUCCAGCCUACCUCGUGGCGCCAGUGGGAUUACAACAGAAGAGCCGCAGCGUCCUUCUUCGCCUGCCUCGUGAUGCUCGCGUACGGGGUGAGCACCUUCCUCAGCUUCCGUGCCUGGAAAGGACUCGGCAGCAACGCGGCCACCAGCCAAGUGACCAACCACGCGUGAAGAGCAGCGUGCACCCGGGCAGGGUGGCUCAGUGCAGCAUGUCACCGAGCCACUCGUGCCACCAGGGCUUCUUCUGGGCAGUGGUGGCAGCAGCCAGUGCUGCUGGCCCACACGCCAGGGUCCUGUGGAAGCUGUUCUGUGGUCUCAGGUGAUGCUUCUAGCUGAUGUGUCCACAGCGCAGACCCACCACGACUGGUGCCAUCACUGGAAGCCUCGCCAGGAGGCCGAGGGUUCACCGGAGGCUGAAGCUCCUGUGUGUCCUUGGGACUUGUUCCUGCCCUCACACACCCCAGAGGAACCUGAUCCUCACUGGAGCAGCGCUGCUGAGGGGAUUCAUUUGGCAGACUCUAGUACCAGAACUCACUAAAGCAAGCGCGGGUUCCUGUCUCUGGUCAUUUGCAGCCACAGUGUAAAUAAGUGCAAUUAACUUGUAUCGAUGGGGGCAGAGCUAAGCCAAGGAAGAAGUCUAAACUAUUACUGUAUUGAUUUAAAAAAAAAUGAAGCAGAAAUUUUAUGCUUUAAAUAAAAAUCUGAAAUCCAA